CUAAAAAAAAGAGAAAAAGUGCCUAGGAAAUGAUGAAAAACAAGUGAAUAAAAGGUGGAGAGAGAUGUCAGUUUUUGGUUUGCAAUUGCAUUUGCAGGAGGAGUUGGGGAAGAGAGAGAUACUUCAUUCAUACAUACAGAUCUGUUUGACCAAAAUCAGUAGCAACUCUCUCUCUCUCUCUCUCUCAUUGAAGAAACCAACCCAUUGAAGAAGAGAAGGGAGAAUGGAAGGAGGAGGAGGUGCACCGCUUGCUGAUACCGACAUGUCUGAUGCGGCACCGCCGCCGCAGCCUGACCCACAUCAUCAGCAGCCGGCGGUGGCGAUGGGGAUCGAGAAUAUUCCGGCGACUCUCAGCCAUGGUGGCAGGUUCAUCCAAUACAACAUAUUCGGUAACAUAUUUGAAGUCACCGCCAAAUACAAGCCACCCAUCAUGCCCAUCGGCAAAGGAGCUUACGGCAUCGUCUGUUCUGCUUUGAACUCGGAGACAAAUGAGCAUGUUGCUAUCAAGAAGAUUGCCAAUGCAUUUGACAACAAGAUUGAUGCCAAGAGGACUCUCCGUGAGAUCAAGCUGCUUCGCCACAUGGAUCAUGAAAACGUUGUCGCAAUCAGGGAUAUUGUGCCACCACCUCAAAGGGAGGUAUUCAAUGAUGUUUACAUUGCAUAUGAAUUGAUGGACACUGACCUUCACCAAAUCAUUAGAUCAAACCAAGGAUUAUCAGAGGAGCACUGUCAGUAUUUUCUGUAUCAAAUCCUCCGUGGGUUGAAGUACAUACAUUCUGCGAAUGUUCUGCACAGGGACUUGAAACCUAGCAACCUUCUCCUGAACGCCAACUGUGACCUGAAAAUAUGUGAUUUUGGACUGGCAAGGGUCACCUCUGAAACUGAUUUUAUGACUGAAUAUGUUGUCACAAGAUGGUACCGUGCACCAGAGCUUCUGUUAAACUCUUCUGAUUACACAGCAGCAAUUGAUGUGUGGUCUGUUGGUUGUAUUUUCAUGGAACUCAUGGAUCGAAAGCCUUUGUUUCCUGGCAGAGAUCAUGUUCAUCAGUUGCGACUACUUAUGGAGUUGAUUGGCACCCCAUCAGAAGAUGAUUUGGGGUUUCUGAAUGAAAAUGCUAAGAGAUACAUUAGGCAACUACCUCCUUACCGCCGCCAAUCUUUCCAAGAGAAGUUUCCGCAAGUCCACCCUGAAGCUAUAGAUCUUGUUGAAAAAAUGUUGACUUUUGAUCCUAGAAAAAGGAUUACUGUUGAAGAAGCACUGGCACACCCCUACCUAACAUCCCUGCAUGACAUCAGUGAUGAACCUGUGUGCAUGACUCCCUUCAGCUUUGAUUUUGAACAGCAUGCUCUGUCUGAGGAACAGAUGAAAGAACUUAUAUACCGAGAGGCUCUAGCAUUUAACCCUGAGUAUCAGCAGUAGCAAUGAUAGUUAUGUUGUCAUUGGGUUUGGAACUUUUUCAUGUCUGUGUCCAUAGGUCAAGAGAUUUCUUUGUGUAAAUAUAUUUCUCUAUCAUCUGAAACCAGAUGAACUUGGAGUUGAAUUAUUUCGAUCAGUGGGUAACUGGUAGACUGGUAUACAAUCAUAAGGUAUUUGUAUUGGGCUUCUUUGCUUCUUCAUAUUCAUUGGCUUGUGCCAAAUUCUGAUAAAUCUUUUUCUUUUCAAA